UGCAACAGGUGGUAGACCUAGCGCUAGCUAUUUAGCUACUGUAGCUAGCUAGCUAACGUUAACGUUAUUUAAACUGGCUAUGAAUUCUCUCAAUACUUGUUCAUCUAUAGCUCACUUUCAUUGUCAUACCCAUAAUCAAAUGCAAAACUCCAAUGAGCUGUGUGUAUAACGUUACUAAACUAAAUCCCUCAAAAUCUUUUCAGAAAUAUGUCUUCUUCCCUGGGGUGUACAAAGGAAGUUUUGCAGCAGGUCAACCAGUUCUGGUCCAUGUUAGACGACCUGUCUCAGAAUGACCCUCAAAGCUACCAGAUGUUUAUCGAGAAACAGAUGAAACAGGGAACUGAUUAUAAUGCACCACCUCAGCCUGACUCCUGCCUACUCACCGAAAUGCUGGAGCCAAAGAAAGGGUUGCUGUACAUCAAUGUGUGUGGCUGGAAGCGCGUCCCUACCCCUGCUGAUGAGAACAAGCCAGUGCCUGUGUGUGGAGGGAGACUGGAGACAGACACUGAUGAAGGAGGAGACGACUACAGUGUGAUGGAUGUGGCGUUCAGCCCUGCGGUGCUGCAGCAGGCUCAGAAGGACAAGAAGGAAGACCAGGUUCACCUGUUAGCUCUGAGCUUCACCCAGCAGCAGCAUGGCCUGCGUCUGAUCCAGCAGUACAACGUCAGCAGCAGUAAGCUGAAGGGCAGCCUAGAGGACAUGCAGCGCCGCCUGGGUUCUCUAAAACAGUCCAGCCCUGCCACAAACACAGCCUCCCAGACCCCAGCUUCCCUGCUUCAGCAGAUCUCUCUGCGUGAAGGGCAGACUGAGGACAGUACACCUGUGCAGCUCAUCACAUCUGUCCAGCUAACUCCUGGGCCAGGGGACCAAAGCAACAAGACCAAGAACCUGAUCCAGGUGAUCUCUAGCUCAGUGACAGCCGAGCCUCAGCGGCCACAGCACCAGCUCACUGUCAACUCUGACCCCAGGGACCUCUCCCGGAGCCUGAAGCUGACUGUGGAGCUACCAAAGGUUCAGUCCAUCACAGACUGCCAUCUCAGCAUUUCCCAGGGUGAUGUACUACUAGAAGUGGAGGAUAUGUACCAUCUACACCUGGAGCUGCCUGAGACUGUGAAUGAGGAGUCGGCCUCUGCCACAUUCAACAAGAAGAAACGGUUAUUAACUUUGCAGGUGUCUAUACUCUAGUGCUGUUACUGCCAACAUUAAAAAGACGCAAAUUCAUUAAUAGACAAAGAAAAUAACAAUAAACACUGUCUUUUCUGGCAAGGCACAGUUACACCCAGUAGGUCAUUUGUCUUUCUGAAGAGAUUGGGACUUUGGAAAUUAGAGAAGGCAGGAAUGUAAUUUCUGUUAUGUAUGCAUAUAAGCUGUGCAUCUGAACCUUUGUAAAGACAUUCACAACAACAUGAAUGACUCGAGUGGAAUUAUAGUCCUCCAUGAUCAUGAGUUACAUUAACUGCAUGUCUGGGAAAUAAUUCACAAAUAGUCAAUAUCCAUGCAAUAAUCCAUGUUUAU